CACAGCCAAUGACCUCAAGGCUGUCCCCGAGGCUCCGCUCUUUUAAUUGGCUGAACUCACUCCACCGCCUUUCAUUUGAUUUCUUUAUUUCAGCACGCUCGUCUCGCAUCUCUGAUCAUUUGAGGACAGACGACAUGUGCGCUGCGGCCACACAGCAUUUGAAUUCUCUCUGUGUGGGGGUGCUAAAGAUUUUGCAGAAACUCGGGGAUCUGGAUAUCACAUUAGACAUUCUUGCUGAAACUGGAAUUGGGAAAACGGUUAACUCGUUGCGCAGACAUGAACAGGCGGGAGAAUUUGCCAAGUCACUAGUUAGGGGCUGGAAAAGACUGGUCCCAAAGGAAUCCACAAGCCACACAGAAGAUGCAGAAGCGUCUUUUACGGACAAAUCAGAGGAACAAAACUGUACAAACAAUGGCUUGACAAAGGAUGAUUUAAACAAUAAUUGCUCAACAUCCUUUGAGAACAGUCAGAACUCUUCAGAUGAGGCCCUCUUUAAAACGGGGGAUAGGAAAAAUGAUUCAGAGAAAGGAUGUGAAGAACAGAUGAGACACAAGGACCAGACUGAAAAUCAAGAAAAAGGUCACGAUAUCGCUCAGAAAAUUGAAAUCCAAGAGGAUGUAAUGGAAAAAUUGGUUGUUGCCAAGGAAAAGAAAAAUGAUCAGAGUUACAAAAAAUCAGAAGAUGUCGUGAUCAAAAACUCAGAGGAUGCUCAUCAGAAAUCCAGGUCUGAUUCCAGGCAAGCCUCAAAAAGCAGCUGUGACAGUGGAAGAUUUCUGUCUGAAAAGGAGUCGAAUAAGAAAUCAAAGCCAUCAAAAGAGUCGUCAACAGGAGGCACAGACUCUCUCCCAUUUGAGUCAGACGAGAAAGACUCAAAAACCUUCCAACGGAGCGAUGUCGGAGAUGACGGGUCUUCGGGACUCUCGAGGAGCUCGGAGGCUCAAAACAGGAAAAGGAAAAAAUCAAGUAAAGAGAAGCACAAACAACACAAGCAGGAGUGCGAAAAAAAGGGCCAUCCAAAACACAAAAAGGCCAAGAUGAAACACAAAGACAAGGAAAGUGACUGUGAGGCACCUUCCAUGUCUUUUGAAUCCUACUUGAACUAUGAUGUGAACGUUUUCAAGAAGAAGGAAAGAUCUGGAGUGAAGAAAGCUCUCAAGAAGAAGACUGCAGCAGAAGAUCUGAGCCUGAAACCUCACAAGCCGCCUGUGAUGUCUCUAAAUGUUUCCUCUCCAAGACGGGAGUCUGUAAUGGAGCUGAUGAACAUUCCUUUACCCGCUACUCUGUCUGAAUGUGAAAAACAAAUCAGUGUUGACUACUUUGAGACGAAAGCCGAGAAGGAGUCGGAGCUCUGUGACGUCCCUGAAGAGUCCGCAGGCUUCACCGGCCAGCGGCUCAACAAAAAGAUGCAGGUGUACUCGGGGGCCAAGACCGUCUUCCUCCCGGCCAUGUUGAGCUUGCACCAGCAGUGUAUCCGCACGCUCCAGAACAACAUCAACCUGCUUUAUGAAACUGGCGGAGUCCCGUUUGAGAUCCUCGAGCCGGUGUUGGAGAGGUGCACACCGGAGCAGCUGCUGCGCAUCGAAGAAUGCAACCCAAUCUAUGUAGGAGUGACCGACCACUUGUGGGGGAAACACUGCCAGAGGGACUUCAAACACUCCAAACUCCAGGAGUAUGAAUCAUGGAAGGAGAUGUACGUCAGGCUGUCUGAGGAGAGGGAAAGGAAACUCCAGAGGCUGACAAAAAGCAUUGUCUCUGCCCAUUCUAACAAACCCAAAGGUCGGCAGGUGAAGAUGGCAUUUAUUCACACUGUUGCCAAGCCACCAAGAGAUGUGCGAAUUCAGCAGGAAAUUCACGGAACUGCUGUUCAGCAGCCUCAUCAGCUCAGUGUCAUGGUUCAGGACAACAGAUCGAGGCCCAGUUGUGUUGAGUCCAGCAGGUCCGGCAGCAGUUCCUCGGGGGCAGGAAAUACACAAGACCCUCGCAAAAAGACAAGAGUUGCUCCAAUGAUGGCAAAGUCCUUAAAAGCGUUUAAGAAACAGCUGGGACGCAGAUAAAUGCUCUUAUAUGAUCGUGCUAUUUACAGUCUGCGGGUGCGGUGAAAGUGCACUCUAUCAUUCAUUAACUUUGGGACAAUGAGAGGCUUGUGUUCACUUUAGAUUACUCUGUGUUUGUCAGAAUAUACAGGCAGUCGCCAUGUUUUUUUUCUCUAUAACUGUGAGUUGCCUUCACUAUUAAAUGGACAUGAAAUGAGCAAA